AUGGCGGCCGUCGCCCCGCUCAUCGAGUACCACCGCCGCGACCUCCUCCACAGCCGCGGCGUCGUGCCCUUCGAGCGCCACCUCGUGACACAGACCCAGAAGCCGCCUCCGUUAAUUGUCGCCGACCAACGAGCGCUCGCGACGCUUUUCGCGCUGCCGUGGGGCCCCGCGACGCUCGUCGUGCAGAACGUCGGGGGGGCUUUGGUCCUCGAGAGCGGCGGUGUUCUUGAGGAGGCGGCCCCGCCGGCCAAGAAGGCGCUGCCCACGACGCCCGCCGAACGGACCAAGGCGGCAUUAUUAGCGUGCACGGCGUUAGCCAAGGAGAGCCAGACGUCUUUAACUGAAAGACGGAGAGAAGAAGCUCAAUACGCCGAGCGCUGCGCGCGCCAGCUCGCGCCGUCCAAUGAUGAUGACGAUAGUUACGAUUUGAAGCCGCACGAGCCCUACGUUCGGGUCAGGAGGUGGCGGCUCGGCGACCUGCAACUGUUGUCGGGGAGCGACUGCGCCCUGCUGGGGGGCGGCUGCGCGCUCCGGUUAUCUACGAUAAGCUCGCUACAGUCCUCGUCCCAAAAGCGGCUCGCGGCGUUGGACUGCUGGCUGGACGCGAUCUUGACGGGCGCACCUCGAGUAGCUUUGUGCCUGUCGAACGACGAGGGCCUGGUGGUUGGUGGGAGAAUUGUGGACGUCUGCGAGGUGCCGCACACGCUCGCGGGGCGCGGCGAGCAGGCGCUGUUCGACAUAAGAACGAUCAACGAGGACGCGAUUCAACUCCUAAGGUUCCUCGCGAAGCAUUGUAACAAAGAGGGCGCCACGUAUGUGUUAACGACGCGGGGCCAAGGAGCUCAUAUCGAAUUGUACGACGUCAACCGGCUCGCGGAUACGAGUAAGCGGCACUGGAAGUGGCUCCUAGCUACAUUAGCUGCGAGGAUCGCGCGGCGGUUGGGCGCGCACCUGCGGUCGUCCGAGGACGUCUCAGAUGAGUUGAGGGAGAGACAUGGUGCCCUGAUCGACUCGGCGCUUGAUCUAUUAAGUGAGGUGCGCGACCUCGGCGGCGCGUCGCACGACGCUUUACGAAGGUCGCUGCACGAGGCCGGGGCCCUGGCUUUGUUACCCGGUUUCGUGCCUUCCAGUCUAUCAAAGAGUGCGAGGCGCUUCUUCGGGUGCGCCUCGACCGCUUCGGACGCGGCGGGCUUCGAGCGCCUCGAUUAUGACGUGGCGACGCUAGAAAGAGCAAGGAGGCGCUUCGAAAGCGCGGACAUCCGGGACGUCGCAAUCGACUGCGCCCUGGCCCUCGCGAAGCGCCACCUCGAGGCGCAGCGGCCCGCGGAGCUCAUGCAUGAAAUUAGGAGGUGCCUGUCUUCUGAAUUAACGAAGGCGCGCGAGGCGGCUUUAAGGCAUGUGGCCUGCGCGUUUGCCCACGAGGCAGCUAGAGACCCGCACGGCUGGUGCGCGCGCGGUGUCGUGCCCGGAGACGCGCGCAAGCUCCUGGAAGACGUCGGCGAGCGCUUCGGGGAUCCCGGCGGCGACGCGGCCCGCGCCGCGCGGAACGCGGCGCUCGACGCGCACGAGGACGGCGUCGCGCCACGAUUUAAGAAUGACGCCGUGUCGCUACGAGCUGCGGCUUCAGAGGCCGAUCGUAGCGACGAGGCGACGCCUUCAUCGUUGGCGCACGCCGUCCAGCUCGCGGCGUCGCUCGAGGCGGCGCUGUCGGCGACGCGCUUAGCCUUCGGGCCGUCAUCUCCGGAAGCUCUGGUGGUUGCGGCGCGCCUCGGGGCGAGCCAGGCCGCCGUCGGCGCGCGGAUCGCUUCACAAAAUCACGCCACUUCUAGAUCUUGGCUCCACGCGGCGCUCUGCCGCCUCCACGCGUGCGGCGACGUCGACAACGAAGCGCGGGUGCGCCUCGAGGUCGCCCUCGCCCAAAAGCGCGAGGCCGCUCAUCUCCUAGACCGCCAGGACUCGGGAAAAGCCGUCGCCGUGGCCCAAGACGCGCAGCGCGCGGGCGAGGCGGCCCUCGCGAUCGCUUGUGAUGCUAACUUAAAGCUCCAGGCCGCGGCCGAAAUUGCGUCGUGCGCGUUGCUCGAGGCGCUCGCCACUUCAAAGGUCGGCAAGGGCGCCGAGCGGGCGUUCGACCGCGCCGUGGCCGUCGCGGCGACGCCCCGCGGCGCGGCCUGCGCGCGGCUCCAGCGGGGCCGCUUCCUGGGGUCCCUAGCAUCAACGCAGAAGAGGCGAGAGAUGCGCGUGCGGGACCUCGCGACGGCGGCCAGUGGCUUGCGGGCGAGCGAUCCCCAGGUCGCGGCGGCGGCGGCGCGCGAGCUCGCGGCCUUCGUGGACGCGCCGGGCGAUUUGCUGCUGGCGGUCCGCGCGCUCGCGCUUACUGACAACGACGGGGCGCUGCUGACGGCGACAGCUAAACGUCUGCUGGCCUGCACGCGGCACGGUGCUGAUGAGAACGCGGCGGCCGCGCGGGCGGCCUGCAAGGCCUGCUACGGCGCGGCGCUCCGCGGCGACGCGGCGGGCGCGGCGGCCGCGCUCGAGCCGCUCUUUUCCCGGGGCGGCGUGUAG